AUGGCGGCGGUGCUCGACUCCUUCGUCAAGCGAUGCACAGAGUCACUGGAAAACUUCGCCGGCCAGGAGGCCUGCGCUGCCCUCGGCAUCGGGGACGACGUCAGGGGCCUCCUGGCCACGCUGUCGUUCAUCGACGCCAUCAUCUCCCAUGAGGAGCGGAGGAGGGUCCUUAGCGCCAAAGCUGAUGCGUGGGUGGUGCAGGUGAAAGACGCCAUGUAUGAGAUUGACGACGUCAUCGAUGUCUGCAUGAUCGAGGGUGCAAAGAUCCUCGCUGAUGACCGCCCACCCACGCCAAAGGUCCGAUGCUUCUCCUGCUUCAAGCCUUCAGGGCCUCGGAAGUUCCGCCAUGAGAUCGGCUUCACCAUUAGGGACAUUGAUCUCAGGCUCAGGGAGGUAGAGGAGGAAAUGCCUAGGCUUCCUGCUGGAUCAGUUCACUCUGAUGCAAAAAGGGACUCGUUCAGCCAUAAUGUCUGUAAGAACUGUUCUGACGCCAUGAAGCCCCAAGCAGUUGGGUCGCAGGUCCAGAAGGCUGUGGGUGGCCUUGUGCCAAGGAUGCUUAGAGAGGGCAAGAAGAAGGUGGAUGUGUUCGCCAUCGUUGGUGCGGUGGGGAUUGGCAAGACUAUGCUUGCUACGGAGAUCUACAAUGAUGACAGGGUGACUGAAAAUUUCCCCAUUUGUGUGUGGGUCGACAUGUCCAAGGAUUUAUCGGAACUAGAUUUCCUCAAAAUGAUCAUCAGGGGUGCUGGUGCCAAUGUUGGGGAUACAGAAAACAAGGAGGAACUCCUCAUCCUCCUCGGUUCUGCCCUUUCAAAAAGGUUUCUCCUUGUCCUGGAUGACUUGGACAGCCCGAGCAUAUGGGACAAUCUGCUCAAAGAUCUGUUGGGAGAUGGUGUCGCCAGAGGAAGAAUACUGAUCACAACUCGGAAUGAGGAAGUGGCGGCAAGCAUGAAGGCAACUAUCCACCGUGUUGACAAAAUGGACCCCGAGAAUGCCUGGGCAUUAUUGUGCAAACAAGUUGAUCCAGAAUGCAAUUUGGAAGAGCUUGCAACAUUAAAGGAUGUUGGGAUUAAGAUCGCAGAGAAAUGUGAUGGCCAUCCUCUAGCAAUCAAGGUCAUUGCAGGUGUCCUAAGGUCAAGAGGCAACAGCAAGGCUGAAUGGGAGAUGGUUCUGAAUCAUGAUUCUUGGUUCAUUAGCCCGGUCCUUCCAGAAGUACCACAAGCUGUGUAUGUGAGUUAUGUUGACCUGCCUUCUCAGCUGAAGGAGUGUUUCCUCCAUUGCUCUCUGUAUCCAGAAGAAUACCCUAUUCAGCGCUUUGAUCUUGUGCGGCGUUGGAUUGCUGAAGGAAUUGUAAAUGCCAGAGACAACAAACUGCUCGAAGAAUCAGCUGAAGAGUGCUUUGUAGAAUUGAUAAGCAGAAACCUGCUACAGCCUGAUCCAGAAAGUGUUGAGCGAUGCUGGAUAACACACCAUCUUCUCCGCUCACUAGCCCACCUUUUGAUAGCAGAUGAGAGUAUCUUAAUUUAUAGUCAGCAGAAAUUGAACACCUCAUUGUCAAAGCCCCGGCAUCUCACAUUGUGUAACAUUGAAAACAGCUUGGACGGUCCGAUUUCACUGAAGCAGCAGAUGAGCUUAAGGUCACUGAUGCUCUUCAAAAGCCCAACUGUCAGAGCAAUUGAUCCUCUCAUCGAGUCAGCUUCAUGCUUGCGUGUAUUAGAUUUGAGCAAUACAGCAGUGGAGGCCCUCCCGAAAUCCAUUGGCAACUUGAUACAUUUAAGGUACCUCAAUCUUGAUGGAACUCAGGUCAGAGACAUACCUUCUUCCAUUGGAUUUCUCAUAAACUUGCAGACCUUGAGCCUUCAAGGUUGCCAAAGCUUACAGAGACUUCCUUGGUCCAUCAGGGCAUUGCUAGAGCUUAGAUGCCUUUGUCUCGAGGGAACUUCCCUAAGCUAUGUACCAAAGGGUGUUGGUGAAUUGAAGCAUCUCAAUCAUCUGGAUGGUCUAAUCAUCGGUCAUGAUAACAAUGCUCCUGAGGGUUGUGACUUAGAUGACCUUAAAGCUUUGUCAGAACUAAGGCACCUUCAUGUAGAGAGUUUGGACAGGGCUAUUUCUGGUGCUGCUGCACUCGCAAACAAGUCAUUCCUAAAGGACCUGUACCUCUCUGAGCAAGCCCCAGCAAUAGAAAACCAGGAGAGUCUGGAGGAAGAAGAUGAAACAGAAAAAGAAGAGAAGGAAGAGCAGGAAGGAAGCAAUGACCAAUGCAGGGGAGAUGAAUCAGCCAAAGCUAGUGAAAAGAUAUGGGAUGAGCUCACCCCACCCAUUAGCAUCGAGAAGCUGGUAAUCAAGAACUACAAAGGUGUAAAGUUUCCGAAUUGGAUAAGAGGUCCCAAGCUAGGAGCCUCCUUCCCCAGCCUUGUGUUUUUGGAUCUUGAAAACUGCAUGGCAUGCACUAAACUGCCUUCACUUGGCCUCCUGAGUCAACUCCAGUCCCUGCAAAUCUCAAAUGCGGACUCAGUCAUCACCAUUGGUUCAGAAUUCCUUGGGACCACUGUACUUUCACCAGCCACUUCAUUUCCCAAGCUUGAGGUUUUAAAGCUCAGAAACAUGAAGAAACUUGAAGAGUGGUAUUUAACUGUGGAGGAGAACCAGGACCUGCCAAAACUAUCUGAUGAGCUCCAUCUCAAAGAUAACAAGGUGCUCCAGAGGAUCUCCAACCUGCCCAUGCUUCAUUCCCUCAUUAUUGAUGACUGCUCAAAGCUGAAGCAUGUGGCAGGUCUUGAUGCUUGCUGCAGCGCCUCAGACUUGUGUUUCCUCCGUCCACGAGACAUUUUAUUUCAAGAGCUAAUAAUUUUCUGGAGCAUUGCCUUCCCACGGUGGCUGGAGCUACUGAUUCAAAAGUGCAAAGGCCUGAGACGGUUCGAGUUGCAGUGCGGUCUGUCAUUGCUCAGGAGCUGCCUCAACAGUGGCAAGAACUGGCACCUCGUGCAGCAGGUCCCUGAGGUGCGCAUCAUAAGCUGUGAUGGCAAGAGAAACCAUAACAUUCUUCUCCACCUUGUUUCUUUCCAAGCCACCAUGGCCUCCAAGCUGAGUUUCAAGAGGGCAGACAGCAUCGCGGAAAGCAUGCCCGAUGCGCUAAGGCAGAGCCGGUACCAGAUGAAGAAAUGCUUCCAGAGGUAUGUUUCCAAGGGAAAGAGGCUCUUGAAGAACCAGCAGCUCAUAGAGGAGCUGGAGAAAUCCCUGGAUGACAAAGUCGAGAAGGAAAAGCUUGUUGAAGGCUUCCUAGGUUACAUUAUUUGUUCCACGCAGGAAGCAGUGGUGCUACCACCUUAUGUUGCAUUUGCUGUCAGGAUGAAUCCUGGCAUCUGGGAGUAUGUCAAAGUUCAUUCUGAUGAUCUGUCAGUCGAAGGAAUCACACCGUCUGAGUACCUCAAGUUCAAGGAGACAUUAUAUGAUGAGAACUGGGCCAAGGACGACAACUCACUGGAAGUCGAUUUCGGUGCUCUGGACCUCUCAACACCCCAUCUGACACUGCCAUCGUCCAUAGGAAACGGGCUCCAGUUUGUGUCCAAAUUCAUGUCUUCGAAGCUGGGCGACAAGCCUGAAACUAGCAUGAAACCGUUGCUGGACUAUUUGCGUUCGCUAAACUACCGUGGCGAGAAGCUGAUGGUUAACGAUACCAUCGAUACAGUGAACAAGCUUCAGACAGCGCUGCUACUUGCAGAGGUAUUUGUCAGCGGGUUACCAAGAUACACGCCAUUCCUGAAGUUUGAACAGAGGUUUCAAGAGUGGGGAUUGGAGAAAGGGUGGGGUGAAAAUGCUGAAAGGUGCAAAGAGACGCUGAAUUGCCUCUCUGAAGUGCUACAAGCGCCGGACCCUAUCAACAUGGAGAAGUUCUUCAGCAGAGUUCCAUCCACAUUCAACAUAGUCAUCUUCUCCAUCCACGGCUACUUUGGCCAAGAGAAGGUUCUUGGCUUGCCAGACACCGGUGGCCAGGUGGUCUACAUCCUGGACCAAGUCAGGGCCCUUGAAGAGGAGUUGCUGCAAAGAAUCAAGCUGCAGGGUCUGAACGUGACACCAAAGAUUCUUGUGCUGACUAGGCUGAUACCAGAUGCCAAGGGUACAAAAUGCAAUGUGGAGCUCGAGCCAGUUGAAAACACAAAACAUUCCCACAUACUUCGUGUGCCAUUCAAGACUGAAGACGGCAAGGAGUUGCGCCAGUGGGUGUCCCGGUUUGACAUCUACCCUUACCUAGAGAGAUAUGCCCAGGAUUCGUGUGCCAAAAUUCUUGACAUUUUGGAGGGCAAGCCAGACCUGAUCAUCGGCAACUAUACCGAUGGCAACUUAGUGGCAUCUCUCAUGUCAAGCAAGCUAGGGGUCACUCAGGGGACAAUCGCGCACGCUCUAGAGAAGACAAAGUAUGAAGAUUCAGAUGUCAAGUGGAGAGAUCUGGACCAGAAGUACCAUUUCUCCUGCCAAUUCACUGCAGAUAUGAUUGCCAUGAACACUAGUGACUUUAUCAUCACUAGCACAUACCAAGAAAUUGCUGGAAGCAAAGAGAAGCCUGGCCAAUAUGAGCACCACUACGCAUUCACAAUGCCGGGGCUCUGUCGCUACGCCACAGGCAUCAAUGUCUUUGAUCCAAAGUUCAACAUUGCCGCACCCGGUGCAGACCAGUCCAUCUACUUCCCCUUCACACAGAAGCAGAAGCGGCUGACAGAUUUGCACCCACAGAUUGAGGAGUUGCUCUACAGCAAGCAGGACACCAAUGAACACAUAGGGUAUCUGGCAGACAGAAACAAGCCAAUCAUCUUCUCGAUGGCAAGGCUGGACAAGGUGAAGAACAUCACUGGACUAGUGGAGUGGUAUGGCCAGAACAAGAGACUGAGGGACCUGGUAAACCUUGUCGUCGUUGCGGGCCUGCUGGAAGCAUCGCAGUCCAAGGACCGGGAAGAGAUUGAAGAAAUCAACAAGAUGCAUAGUCUGAUUGACAAGUAUCAGCUGAAAGGACAGAUUCGCUGGAUCAAGGCACAGACUGAUCGUGUCCGCAAUGGUGAGCUCUACCGUUGCAUUGCAGAUACAAAGGGUGCAUUUGUUCAGCCUGCACUUUAUGAAGCAUUCGGGCUGACGGUCAUUGAGGCGAUGAACUGCGGAUUGACAACCUUUGCGACAAAUCAGGGAGGGCCAGCGGAGAUCAUUGUGGACGGUGUCUCCGGUUUCCACAUAAACCCAAUGAAUGGCAGGGAGGCUAGCAACAAGAUUGCCGAUUUCUUCCAAAAGUGCCAGGAAGACCCAAGCUAUUGGAACAAGGUGUCCACUGCUGGGCUCCAGCGCAUCUACGAAUGCUACACAUGGAAGAUUUAUGCAACUAAAGUCCUGAAUAUGGGUUCAACGUAUGGCUUCUGGAAGACUCUGAACAAGGAGGAGAGAGUAGCCAAACAGCGCUACCUGCAGAUGUUCUACAAUCUUCAGUUCAGGAAUCUGGCAAAGACUGUCCCUAGGUUGUUUGAACAUCCUCCGCAAGCCCCAGCAGGCGCAGGGCCUAGUACAAUGACAGUAACGAGGCCGAAAGAAAGGCAAGAUCAUGACCAGCUUGAUGGGGCAGAAGUCUUCUACUUCUCAACAAUAGAGCCAAAGAGAUGUGAUGGAUAUGCAUGA